CACUCCGAAACUACACGCAACAUCCACCUUGACGGUGAACUCACGUGAUUCCGUUUUUUAUUCUAUUCGAAUCAUCGAAUUGAAUCUUUUCUUGUCAAUGUAAGAAGUUCAUCUGUUUCAAAGGCGAAGGAUAAAAGAAAUGGUGGACGUUAACCCUGUCUCUGAUGAGAUCGAGGAGUUCCAGGAAAACGAACGACCACCUUCCGAGCAGCUUGUGGAACUUCAUUUAUAUUUGGUGCCUAAAGAAAAAUGGCUGGAAAAGAGAAAAUUAGCCAAAAACCAAGCAGUGGAUCAUACCAUAUCCGUCGGAUUCGUUAGAGUCUUGCCUCAAACUCAUCUGUCAGAUUUGAGAAAAGAAAUCAAUAGACAACUUGGAAUCGAAUCUGUUCCACAGAGCUAUGUGUUUUUGAGGUCAGUUGGACGAAACUUCACACAGGUUAGGCCAAAACAAGAGAUGGAGAUGAAAGUGAAGAAUUACGUCCCUCCAUACGCGCCGGAACCUGAGCUGUAUCUAAAGGAAGGCAAUUAUACCGGCUCCAACACCUGGUCUCAAGGGGAGGACAGCGGCCUUGAAGAGAGCCUAGCCGAUAGUAACAGCCAGCGUUCACACGACAGAGCCACACCUGAAAGUCUAACUGAUGACCAGCUGGUCUUGCCUAAGUUGACCGACUUCUUAGACGUUCCCUCAGGGCCAGACCUCGAUGACCCACGUGGACGGUCCUCUAUGCCUCCCGGUGCGAUGACCAUCUCGAUGUCGGCCGAUGACCUCACGUCAGCCGGUGCCUUCCACAGAUCCGUCCGGAAAGGAGAGAUCCCUCUAAUCCGGCCUAUCCGGGCUGACCACAGAUUCAAUAGCACGGAGGACGUGCGGUUCCGACGCAUCAAAGAGAAGACGGCAGGACUGUCCGGUAUAUACAGGGACAAUGAGACCGUCACUACGGAUGAUUACCGGCCGGCUGCGAGGGGUGGAAGUUGGAACAGAAGACAGAAGCGGGGAGCUUCCAAAGAGAGAGGUGGUACACAGCUUCCAACUUGGGCUGAGACCAGAACGACUCGGCUUCGACGUAGCAAGGCGUUAGGAGAAACAAAUAACAACUCCCAACAACAAAAGCACAAACGAACCCCGUCGAACCGAGCCGAGAAGAAGAGCUCCGUGCACGCAGCUCCCAAGCAUCAACACGUUGAUGCCGAAGAUGAGGCUGAAGAAGCGGAGGAGGAUGACCCUGGAAAGUUCCUGAUGGAGAGGAUCAGAGCCAAUUCCCGGACCCUCAAAGCUCAGGUGUCUGCCUCACACUCCCGUAGGACUGUGGCCGACACGGGGACUGCCAGCAGAGAGAGGCCUUCAAGAGAAAAGAAUGGAAGAGUCCACAACGGUGUCUAUACGAUGCACGCGAGGCGUAACCUGAGGGGCGGCGCCGGGGCGUUCGGAGACGAAGGUGGUGCAGAAGUGGAAACGACGACCAUCAAACUCCUGGACGAGCAUGGCCGAGAGAUAUCUUCGGAAAACGUCGAUGAAAAUCGGAAGGAUGAAUCGAAAAUGGAGGAUCCGGAAAUUGUGCACCAGCAUACUCUGGAUGUCAAUGGAGAAGACGCUAGAAAUGGACAGAAUUCUGAAGCACAUGACAGACUUGAGAAUAUUUCGGAGGGAGGAAGAGAGUCUACGGAUUCCAACAACCAGUCAACUAGGGAAAGCAGAGAAAGGAAUGAUUCGAUCCUUGAAUCGGACAACACUGAAUCAGCAAACAAGCUUACUCCCUCCGAACGUUCCGAAAACGACAGCGAAGAGUAUAACCUGACAAAUGACCUUGAAGAAGGGCGUCUUGUCAACCAAAAUGGGAAACUUACCAUUGAAGUGGAAGUCAAAGAGAUGACAAAUAGCGAAGACAGCGGCGACACACCAGACCCUGUAACAGCCACUAUGGAAUCCAACAUGACUCCAGUUCCUGUAGAAGAUUCUGGAGCGUACGACAGUUACAGAGUUUAUUCGGAGCAAAAUCUUCUGACACCGACAGCUGACCAACCACAGGAGGCUUCAUACAGCAGGAGAUCUAGCAGAGCUGAUAUGUCGAGGAAUGACAUCGCGAGGCUUAACAGAGCUAAGCAGGCCAGAGGUAUAUACUUGAGGCGGAUGGAACACAUAAAUAGUCAGACUAACUUAGCAAGGACUCAGUCAAAUGAUCGUGGACUUGAAAAUAGUAACAGGGCUGCUGGUGGUGGUGGAUCACCACUCAGACGAUAUGGCGGCAAUUCCAGAAGUAUUUCACAAAACAGAAAGAGUGGGAGGUCCAAAUUAGAGAAAUGGAGCACAUCAGCGGCAUCUACUGGAGAUCUCAGAGAAGCAGCAUGGGAUUAUUCCAAUGACAAAGAACGAUUGCUGACAAUCCUGAAUGAGGUCCGAGGCGAGACCCGCAUCCGCCAGAAACAGCGCGAAGAGCUGCUGCGCAAGAUCAAGCAGCUUCAGAGCCGGGCACAUCAAAGGCGCGAACAAGGUGAGACCCACAGCUGUUUACGCAGUUUGCCGAAUUUCGCACGGAGGGCCGAGUCAGCCGCAGUCCGUGAAAUGUGGCGCAAGAGAUACUUGGAGGCGAAAAAAAUCACACCUCGACUGGAGGAGGAAUGUUCCAGACUUCGACAAGAACUGGAGAAACUUCACCGAGAGCUUUUGGCGAAGGUCCAAGCAGGUGUCUGGGCACUCCUCACAAUUUCCGGCAAAACGGAAAGGCCAUCUAACAAGCUGAGCUACAAAAUCAUGAUUGCAAGAUUACUUCAAGAAAUUGAAGAUCUUACACGGAGAGUGGAAGGUACCAGACUGAAAUUGCACACUGAAGUGAAGUUACGUAGUAUGGCUGAAAAAGAUGUUAGAAAUUUGCGGGAAGAGUUACUGAAAAAGAAGAUUCAAGUAACUUUGACAAGAAAUCAGGAACAAGCCGCCAUGGGAAAUGGACUAAGGCAGCAGUACUUCAUAAGCGCUGUUUAAUUAUUCCGCAGGAUUGUUUGCACUUUUGUUUAUGGGAAGACACGCUCUUCAUUUGUGAUAAUUUUGAAAUUGAGAGAAGCCGUCCAACUUGGAAUGAGAUGAUAAAGCUAUUUAAUAUAUUGAUGAACAUUUAAUAUUUUAUCAUGUUUAGUGAUUCUGAUGAAUAUGAGCCCAGACUUACCAUCUCAAUUUGUUGAUGCAUUAAUCUAUGGACAUUUAUUUCGAUGACCAAUAAGUUUAUUAUUGGUAAAAACUUUUGCUUGAAGCUUUAAGUACAUUUUUGUAGAGUUUAACUAGUCAAUCCGUCCAAUCUAACAAUCUACCUUAAACCGUCCAAAAUUAUUAUGUAUUGCAUUAUCUUCUAAUUUCUUUAUUGAGAGAACAGAAAAUAUAUUGAAUAUAUAUGUGUAUAAGCGUCCUAUUUACCGUCCACUAUCGAUGUUAUUAGUAUUCAGAGUCUCCAGAUAUUUAUAUGAAUAUAUUAUUUUAAAUUUAUAUGUAACUAGUAGAUAACGUCCAUUUAUCUGUCACAUGUGAGAUUUAGCCAAUUCCAUGUACAUUAUUCAAUCUUCAAUCUUUUUUUGAAGAGAAUUUAAAUUAUUUUAUUAUAUGUUUGACAAAUUAUUGAGUGCAAUCAUUUGUGAUUUUUAAAAUUAUGCAUGAAAAUUAGUUGUAGAUUUGUAUUCUACAACUAAUAACAUACAUUAAUUUAUUUCUUCAAAACAUGAGAGAAAUUCUUUAU